AUGGCAGACGACACGGUGCGGCAGCGCAAGCCGCAGCAGGAAAAGGCCGAGGUCGAAGACGAGGACAACCUCUUCGCGGGGACCCCGGCCGAGCACUCGAGGGGCAAGAAGAAGGGCAAGCGGUCCCGCGACGACUCGGAGGCGUACAGCCCGUGGGUCGACAUCCUGCGCGUGCUGACCUUCCUGGGCCUCGCCUCGUGCGCCCUGAGCUACCUCAUCAGCAACGGCGAGAGCUUCUUCUGGGGCUUCAAGAACAAGCCGUGGUACCUGAGGGUGGACUACUGGAAGUCCAAGAUCAACGGCCCCCUCGAGCUCACGCCCGACCAACUCCUCGCCUACAACGGCUCCGACCCGGACAAGCCCAUCUACCUGGCCAUCAACCACACCAUCUUCGACGUCUCGGCGAACCCGCGCAUCUACGGCCCGGGCGGCUCCUACAACGUCUUCGCGGGCCACGACGCCUCGCGCGGCUUCGUCACGGGCUGCUUCCUCGAGGACCGCACCCCGGACAUGCGCGGCGUCGAGGACAUGUUCCUCCCGCUCGACGACCCGGAGGUCGACCGCCACUGGACCUACGACGAGAUGCGCGCGCUGCAGGAGCGCGAGCUGGCCGAGGCGCGGGACAAGGUCCACCAGACGCUCAAGCACUGGGUCGACUUCUUCGGCAAGAGCGACAAGUACAUGAAGGUCGGCCGCGUCGUGAGGGAGGAGGGGUGGUUGGAGAAGAGCAAGCCGCCGAAGCUGUGCGAUCAGGCGGCCAAGGGAAGGGUGAAGAGGAAGAUUCCUGAGAAAUAG